CCAUACACACCAAUAAAUACGUAAGUAGUAUUAUAUGGUUUCGAUCUUAAGUCUAUAUUGUUAAUUCCUAGUUACGUACUGUUUUCUUGUUAAUUCUCCGAAAAAUCAUCUGGAGGUUUAAUGUGGCAUUUGCUUACUGCAAAAUUAAUUUGGAACAAGUAAUUAGACAAUAAGUUAUGCACAAAACGUAGAAAAUGAAGAAGAAAUUAACACAUUUGGCACUUGGAAAAGUACUAGUACUACUACUGUUACAACUAUGUUUGGUUACGGGUUCGGGUUCGAAAUCAAAAAGCGAUAAAAAAGAUGUAAUCGGGUAUGGAUAUAUGGUGAAGUGGGCGAAAGUUGACUCCGGCAACCAUCGGACGUUGACUGCUAUACUUGAGCUUGUGAAGAAUUCCUCGGUUUAUGGACCUGACAUUCAGCUCCUUUCUCUCACUGCCAGCUUAGAAACCAACGACCGUCUACGCCUCCGAAUCACCGACGCCAAACACCACCGAUGGGAAAUCCCAGACGAAAUCCUCUACCGCAGUCAACCGCCGGCGCCACCACUCUCUCUCUCCUCUCUCCGCCGCACUCUCCACUCACCCCACACCACCCUCCGCCACAACCUCCACCUCUCCCACCCAAACUCCGACCUUACUUUCUCUCUCCUCACCACCACCCCCUUCGGCUUCGCCAUCACCCGUAAAUCCACCCAUGACGUCAUCUUCGACACCACCCCUGACCCCACCAACCCCUCCACCUUCCUCAUCUUCAAAGACCAGUACCUCCACCUCUCAUCCUCCCUCCCGGCCCACCAGGCCCAUCUCUAUGGGCUUGGGGAACACUCCAAGCCCACUUUUCAACUGGCCCAUAAUCAAACCUUUACCAUGUGGAAUGCUGAUAUUCCUAGUAGUAACCCGGAUGUUAAUCUUUACGGGUCUCACCCGUUUUAUAUGGAUGUUCGGUCUUCGCCGGUGGUAGGGUCCACUCAUGGUGUUUUGCUGUUGAAUAGUAAUGGGAUGGAUGUUGAGUAUAAAGGUGAUAGGAUUACUUUCAAGGUUAUUGGGGGUAUUAUUGACCUUUACUUCUUUGCCGGGCCUUCGCCGGCGCAAGUGGUGGAACAAUUAACUCAGCUUGUUGGACGCCCUGCCCCAAUGCCUUAUUGGGCUUUUGGUUUUCAGCAAUGCCGUUAUGGCUAUCAUGAUGUAUAUGAACUUCAGUCUGUGGUAGCUGGAUAUGCAAAGGCUAGGAUUCCCUUGGAAGUAAUGUGGACAGAUAUUGAUUACAUGGAUGCAUACAAGGAUUUCACUUUUGAUCCUGUUAAUUUUCCUCUUAACAAGAUGAAGCAAUUUGUUAACAAUCUUCACAAGAAUGGACAAAGAUAUGUGCUGAUUUUGGAUCCUGGUAUCAGUACCAAUGAGACGCAUGAAACAUACAUUAGGGGCAUGCAACUUGAUGUCUUCCUGAAGCGUGGUGGCAAACCAUACCUUGGCUCUGUCUGGCCUGGCCCAGUAUACUUCCCUGAUUUUCUAAAGCCUUCUGCUUUGACCUUUUGGACAAAUGAAAUAAAUAGAUUUUUAAAUCUUCUGCCUGUUGAUGGUCUUUGGAUUGACAUGAAUGAAAUAUCAAAUUUUAUUUCCUCUCCACCUGCCCCUGGAUCUACUCUUGAUGAUCCUCCAUAUAAAAUCAAUAAUUCUGGAGAGAGGCUACCCAUUAUAAACAAGACUAUCCCACCCACUGCCUUGCACUAUGGUGAUAUAUACGAAUACAACGUUCAUAACUUAUUUGGAUACCUUGAAGCUAAAGCCACUCAUGCUGCCCUUGUUAAACUCACCAAGAAAAGACCAUUUGUACUCUCUAGGUCAACAUUUAUUGGCUCUGGGAAGUACACUGCACAUUGGACAGGAGAUAAUGCUGCAACUUGGAAUGAUCUUGUAUAUUCAAUCCCGUCUAUGUUAAAUUUUGGACUUUUUGGAAUUCCAAUGGUUGGAGCUGAUAUAUGUGGUUUCCUUGGGAACACAACUGAAGAGCUUUGUCGACGCUGGAUACAGCUGGGGGCCUUUUAUCCAUUCUCAAGAGAUCAUUCAACACUUGGUACUACCUAUCAAGAGCUCUACAGAUGGAAAUCAGUCGCUGCUUCAGCUAGGAAAGUCUUGGGACUCCGCUACAUGCUUCUUCCUUACUUCUACACUUUGAUGUACAAGGCACAGCUGAAAGGAAUCCCUAUAGCACGUCCUCUUUUCUUUUCUUUUCCCGAGGAUAUCAAAACUUAUGGUAUCAGCUCACAGUUCCUUCUUGGUAGGGGUGUUUUGGUUUCUCCAGUCCUGGGACCUGGUGUGGUAUCUGUCAAUGCUUACUUUCCUCAAGGAAACUGGUUUGAUCUGUUCAAUUAUACUCGGUCAGUGACUGUUUCUACUGGAAGGUUUAUUACCCUUAGUGCACCCCCUGACCAUAUCAACGUUCACAUUCGAGAAGGUAAUAUUUUGGCAAUGCAAGGGAAAGCAAUGACAACCCAAGCAGCACGCAGGACGCCAUUCCAUCUAUUAGUGGUCAUGAGCGAUCAUGGGACCAGCUCUGGGGAGUUGUUCUUGGAUGAUGGAGUUGAGUUGACCAUGGGAGUGAAGGGAGGCAAAUGGACCUUUGUUAAAUUCAUUGCUGCAUCAGCAAAACAGACUAAUAUCAUCAGCUCAAAUGUUGUCAAUGGAGAAUUUGCAGUGAGUCAAAAAUGGAUCAUUAACAAGAUAACCAUAUUGGGUUUGAGAAAAGGCACAAAGAUCAAGGGUUACAUAGUACACACAGGAGCUGGAGCGAGAAAAAGUGACAAAUCCGGACUUAGUUUAACUCCAGAUGGUAAAGGGCAGUUCAUUGUAGCUGAGAUUUCUGGUUUGAACCUGUUAAUAGGACAUGAAUUUAAGUUGUUAUUGUACUGAGUAGUGCCAUUAAACUUCUGUAUCAUUGUGCUGCAAAUACUUGAAGCCUAUUUCAGGUACUUAUUUAUACGGGCACUGUACUCAGUUGUAUGGUGUAUCUUACUGAGAUGCAAUAAAAUCAGAUAAGCUGAGAUAAGUAAGUUUUCAUAUUC